AUGGCGACCAAAGGUGGCGAUGUUGUGGAGGAAAAGUCUUUGGGGCGGGUUCAACUCCUCACGGAGUCGGGUGAGCGUAUAUUAGUACCAAAACCUUCGAACAGUCCAGACGAUCCCUUGAAUUGGUCUACGCCAUUCAAAUACUAUGUAGCCAUUGUAACCUGCUUUGGCAUGCUGAUGUGCACUUUCCUCGCGGCUGGCCCAACAGUUGCAAUUGUUCAGAUCGCAAUGGAUUUUGGUGGAGGACCAACGGCAAAUUUAGCAGUCCUAAUCCCUGAGGUCUCAUUCUUCUUUACGACAUCAGCACUUACUCAAGGAACUGGGAAUCUGUUGUGGCAGCCACUGAUCAACAAAUACGGAAGGCGACCGGUAUAUAUCAUCUCUUUCACAGGUUACCUCUUCACAGCCAUUUGGUCGGGGUUGAGCACCGGAUACACCAGUGAGCUUAUUGCAAGGAUCCUUCUUGGCUUCUUCUCCGGUGCUGGAGAAUGUCUUGGGCCAGCAACUAUUACAGACGUCUUCUUCCUUCAUGAACGAGGAACGGCGAUGGCAAUGUACAACUUUGCAACUGGGUCAGGUGUCUCGAUCGGUAUUAUAAUCAGCGGCGUAAUAACUCUCAACAACUCAUGGCGGGUCAUUUACUGGGCCGGCGCGAUUCUGAUUGGUUUCUUGAUCAUUCUCAUCAUCUUCACGAUUCCGGAAACGGCCUACAACAGAUCGUAUGACGACAGUGAGGAAGGCGAUAUCAUUGACGACAAGAAGAACCCGUUUAGAUUGUCUUUAUCGAUCAUUUUGAAGGACGAAGAGAAAGCUCGAAUCGCAAGAUAUUACCAGGGAAGUGACCGAUUGGAGAUACUGCCGGAGGAUGAAAUCCCGAAUGAGACUUCUACGAUGCAACGAAUGGAAGAACGCAUUCGGCGCCUCGAAGCUGCUGUCUUGGGAAACAACCAAUAUUCCCCACUAUCAUCUGGUCUCUCGUCAAAGAAGUCGUAUUGGAGUACGAUCUCCCUCUUUUCUGGACAGGUUUACACCCAAGACUCAUUGUGGAAAAUGUUCAUUCGACCUUUUGGCUUGAUCAUUCUUCCACCAGUUCUCUGGGCAACCCUUGUCAUGUCAGCCCUUAUCGGAUUUUCAGUGGCCCUAUCCUCCGCCUUUGCCAAUGACUUCCAAAGAGUUUACAACUUUACCCCUUUUCAAGCCGGCCUAGGGUUCUUUGGAAGUCUGCUUGGUGGAAUUCUUGCCAUUCCUGCUGGUGGCCCUGUUGGAGAGGCUGUUGCGAAUUAUUUCACAAUUCGAAAUCGUGGCAUCAGGGAACCUGAAUUCAGAUUGCCUGCGAUUGCCAUCUCCGUCAUCACAGCACCACUCGGAUUGAUCCUUUAUGGUGCCGGCUUGCAAUACAAAUUGCACUUCAUGGUUCCAAUUAUCGGGUUGGGUUUAGUGUCUUUCUCUGCUGGCCAAGCAAUCAAUAUCUCCUUUGUCUACACCCUCGACGCUUAUGGGCCCGUUUCAGGUGAAGUAACAAUUGCACAACUUGCUUUCAAGUCAAUCAUCGGCUUCGGGCUCUCAGCAACGACCAAUUCUUGGAUCGCAGGUGCUGGUGAAGAUGUUGCACUGGGCGAAAUGGCUGCUGUUACAGCUUUUGUUUUGCUCCUUGCUAUCCCAAUGUUUUUCUGGGGAGCAAGACUCCGAAGAUGGAGUCUAGGAUGGAGGGCUGUGAGGUUCAUUCGAUGGGAGGAGAUGUGAUCUGGCGAGAACCCUCAAGUCGCAACAGUCUACAAUUUAUAGUAAUGACUAGGUUCCUGAAGAAUGAACUUGUCAUUUUGUAUGAGAAAAUUCAC